AUGUUUUUUGUUUCUUUGAUUCCCUUCGUUCACUUCACCGUUGCUAAACUUUUUGUCGAAGUGCUAGACUCAUCGCAGACAGUCGUCUACCGAUGUGAUGCAAAUGGAGCGGAUUUUGGAGGAGAGAUUUCCUCUUUGAUUUCCAAAAACUCUUCGAUUGGAUGUCUGCACAAAGUUCGUCCAGCUCUUGCCUGUUCGAGUGUCCAAGUGCCAACAACAAACUCGAGUGAUUGUGCCACCAACUUUGCUCUAGUCCAACGCGGUGACUGUUGCUUCUCGCAAAAGACGUGGCACUCUCAGAAAGCCGGCUUCAUGGCAAUGAUUGUUGCAAACAACGAGGGUGAAGCGCCGAUGAUGAUGGGCAGUGGUGGAUCGGCUGAUUUGGCUUGUACAAGCAUUCACAAUGAUCUCUCUAUCAACCCUUCACAAUGUUCACAAUGUUCACAAUCGAAAACAUAUUUGAGG